AUGGUCCGCGCUCGAAUUAGAAUCACAGACAACCCGCAAGCAGAAUAUCCUCAAGAUUUCUCGGAGGAACACGCCGCCUCAGCCAGAAGCGACGAACCACCACCCUCCAAGUUAACUCGUCAACAAACUCCGCCGGCGCCGCUUCUGCCACCGCUGACGCUAUCCAGAGGCCCUCGCAGAGGGUAUGCUCCUGUGCGUCAACAAAACCUCAGCAGCGGUCCCCGCCGCGGCGAACGAUUGAGCCACCCGAUUCGCCCAAGUGGCGGCACCCGCCGCCGUCAACUGCGCGGUCGCAGCAACAGCCAGGCAGAGGAGGAUUAUGGCGAGGCCGGCGAGGCUGGCGUGACCCCCGGCGAGGAUCUCGAGGCUGGGGUGAACCCCAGCGAGGAUCUCAACGCUAGCAGCGUGACUGGCGAGGAUGAGCGAUCCGAAGCAAGCCCAGAGCUGUACUAUAACGGAGGGGCUGUUAUCGCGGAUCCGGUCGUGUAUCUCAUCUACUACGGCACGUGGCCUGAGAAUUCCGGGGCUGCUGUCAUUGAAAACUUUGUGCAGUCGCUGGGGGGGAACGCGAGCAGGCAGGGGCGGCCGAGGGAUGAGAGCAGCGUGAGCGACUGGUGGGCGAUCAGCACACAUUACUUCAUGACACGGGCUGACCGCAGGCUGACUUACGUCACUCCUAAGGUGGGUGACUUCUUGUGA